AUGCAGGGCUUCGAAUGGCACGUGCCGACUGAUCAAUGUCAUUGGCGGCGCCUGCACCAGGCACUCCCUGACCUCAAAGAUAUCGGAGUCGAUAAUAUCUGGAUUCCUCCUGGUUGCAAGGGGAUGAAUCCGUCUGGAAGUGGGUAUGACAUCUACGAUCUGUAUGAUCUCGGGGAAUUUGAUCAAAAGGGCGCCCGAGCCACGCGAUGGGGCUCGAAGGAAGAACUCCAGAAUCUGGUAUGGGCGGCACGAAAUAUGAACGUUGGGAUCUACUGGGAUACAGUCUUGAACCAUAAGGCCGGGGCUGAUUUGACCGAAGACUUCAAGGUCAUCAGAAUGGACCCCGAAGGCAAGUUUUCCUCUGCCACGGAGACAAACACAAUCGCUGGUUGGGUCGGGUUCGACUUUUCGGGCCGUGGUGGGAAGUACAGCAUGAUGAAAUACCACUGGAAACACUUUACCGGUGUGGACUGGGACGAUGCAAGCCAACAACACGCAAUAUACAAGAUUGUGGGACAAAACAAAGACUUGGCUAGUGACGUGAGCGAUGAGCACGGGAACUAUGACUACCUGAUGUUCGCCGAUCUCGAUCAUUCACACCCAGAAGUUCAAGCUGACAUCUUAAAAUGGGGGGAGUGGAUUGGCACCGAAAUGCCCAUCAGUGGCAUGCGAAUUGAUGCAGCAAAGCAUUAUUCAGCCGGUUUCCAGAAUAUGUUUGUGAAGCAUCUACGCAAUACAGUUGGCGCUGAUUACUUCUUCGUUGCAGAGUAUUGGAGAGGAGAAGUCAGGUUCCUUUUGAGAUACCUCGAACUAAUGGAUUACGAAGUCUCCUUGUUCGAUGUGCCGCUCUUGGGCCGUUUUGCAGCUGUCUCCAAAAUUGCAGGUGGGGAUUUACGGAAGAUCUUCAAAGGCACCUUGGUGGAAAAGGCGCCGUUGCAUGCAGUAACUUUUGUUGGCAAUCAUGAUACGCAACCUGGACAGUCAUUAGAGGUGAGCCCUAAUCGACCUCUGAACCAUUGUACGGGCUUGGUAUCUGAUGCCUUAGGGUCUCCUCAGACUAUCAUUGCACCGUUCUUUAAACCUUUAGCAUAUGCUUUAAUCCUUCUUCGAGCCCAAGGCCAGCCGUGCAUCUUUUACGGAGAUCUCUAUGGGAUUAACGGUGGACCCGAUCCUCAACAUGAAGCAUCAUGCAGCGGAAAGCUUCCCUUACUCACGCGUGCCCGCAAGCUGUAUGCACACGGAGAACAGCGGGAGUACUUCAAUAGACGGAACUGCAUUGGAUUCGUGCGUUAUGGGAACCACAAAUACCCCUUCGGUCUCGCCUGCAUCUUAAGUAACGGUGGCUCAUCGUAUAAACGCAUGUUUGUUGGUCACAACCACGCCGGGAAAAUAUGGACGGACAUCCUGGGGUGGCGAAAGGAGACAGUCCAUAUUAAUAACCGCGGCUACGGCGUGUUUCCAGUUGCUGCCAUGAGUGUCAGUGUUUGGGUCGAUUCUCGAGCCGAGGGAAGAAGUGACAUAAAUCGGUCUUUCAACCAUGACAUCUACAGUCUCUAG